AGCAUCUUCAUCUGUAAAUGGGCACGAUGAUACCGGUAUACACCUCGUCAGGACUAGAUACAUCGCCCAUGCAGAGCCCUCACACGGCGCUCUUUCUCUGGUUGCAGAGAAAGCCAGGCCCUGGAACAGCUCCUGGGAGCACUCACUAUGGAGAGUGGUACCACGUCUGUCUUCCCACUUCCUCUCUGUGGCCUGGGCAGCUGGAAGGAAACAGUACCUGCCCUGCUGCAGCCACAGCUUCCUUCUUGAAAUUCCUGGAAAACGCUGGUAGCCAACCCCCAGCUCAGCAGAUUCAGGAGCGCCCUGCAUCUCAACUUGACCAUGGCGCGGCCCAGGCAGUCGUCCCUCUGGCGGCCCCUGCCCUCUCUGCUUCCUUAUAAAAGGCAGGCAGGGCCACCAGCAUUGCAGAGAGGCUGAGACCAGCCCAGAAAGUUCCAGAUCUCACGCCCCAGCUCCCUGCGGUCAUGAGGGUCUCCGCAGCGCUUCUGUGCCUGCUGCUGGCAGCUGCCGCCUUCAGCCUCCAGGCGCUCGCCCAGCCAGGUGCAUUCAGUGCCCUGUUCCCUUGCUGUUUCACGUUUAACAAUAAGAAGAUCCCCUUGCCGAAGCUGACGACCUAUCGAAUCACCAGCAGCCACUGUCCCCAGACAGCUGUCAUCUUCAGGACGAAGCUGGCCAAGGAGAUCUGUGCUGACCCGAAGGAGAAAUGGGUCCAGGAGUAUGUGAAACAGCUCAGUCAAAAAUCUCGUGCCCUGAAGCCUUGAACUCGUCCAGCCACACUAAGACCAAGCCAGAGUGUGAGAAACGACGAUUUAUUCACCUCCAGCCUGCCCGGCUAUACCCUGGACUAAUUUUACUGUAAUUUUCAAACAGGGUGCUUUCCAUAUUGUGAUGCAA